CACAUCUGCUCUCCUCCGCGUGUUCUCCGCAUCCCUCGCGCCCUUAUCCGUCCUACCCUCUCCCGUCAUACUCCCGUCGCCGUCCCGCUCGAUGUUCUAGAAUACGCGACAGAUCGCCUGCCUAUCGCGACAGUCGCGCGCUGUGCCUUUACAAGUCAGAACCAACUACUGUUGAGAUCCUCCAUCAUCUCCGGCCCCACACCCAACCCACACCCCGCGUCAGCCAGAAUCACGCUGCUCUCCCAUCACAUUCGCCCUACGACGCUGUAUGUCAUACACGCCCAUCUCGGAUUCGUCGACCAUGUCCUCGUCGACACUCUAUACUACACCAGACCCCAAGGACGUGUCGCCACCAGCUAUGGCCAACCUACAACCGCAUGCCUUCGCUCUCCCGCGGCGGCGUCGGCAGGUUUUCAACCUAUCGAGCUCGGGUUCCGAAUCGUCCAGGGCAUCUGGUCCCUCCUCCCACUCUUCGCGUCCCUUGACGAAGGAUGUCACCGACGCAGGACACACGCCUAUCCUCGUUCACCGCGUCCCUCAGCCUACGCAGCGCGUCCCGCAGCAAUCUACGCGCGGCUAUCUUCAGCCGCACGUUAGUCAUCUCCCUAGACGUCCUCGACGCGUCGCUAGGGCCGCUAGUGCCGUGUCGUCUUCGUCGUCGUCCUGCGCUCCGCCUCCCGAACAGUUGCAGCCACCGGCGAACCUCACUACGCCACAGAAGCCCAAGGAUAAGGCCGCAUUGCAAUGCAUCCACACGCCGCAGCUACACGCGCAUCAGAGAGACCAGGUCUACGUCGCGUUUUGUGGUGAUGGUGCAGAGGAGGUCAUAUUGGCCGAUUGGGAUCGCAUCCUGCACAUCCAUGUCGCCGACGGCGCGAACGUCACCGAGAGUCAUGAGCAGCCUCCCAAGUCCAAGGUCCUGAGCAUCUCUCCGUCAUCGUGCAACGAUGACGGCGUCCCCAAUCUCUCCUGCGAGCAGAUUAUAGAAGCUUGCGCAUUCCUGACUGGUUCAGAUGAUAGAGACAAUGACGCACGACGGCGCAAACUGCUCGUCACAGCGCCGGACGCAGCUCAUGCGGUCGAUGCGAUGGCGGUAGCUGUCGCUGUGCGAUUUCUGGACUUUGUCGGCGCGCGGACUCCUCCCAGAGACGCGGAAGGCGAGGCAGACACACCUCGAGAGCACCGACGCGAGCCCGCUACGCAUACGUCAUCAGACCGGUCUCCAUCCCCAAACCCCCCGACGCAGCGCCCAACGCCCUCCUUUCCUUUGUCUACUGCCCUCUCGCCCUUCCAGCGCUACGAGAAGUCGCCUCAAGCAGAGCUAGACCUCAACAUAGAAGACCACCAUUCUCCGAUCCAUGCCAUCGUCCUCGCCAUGCAAGACCUCCCUCCCUUCGCUCUUCCUGAGGAUGAUGACGCGGACGACAACUACUUUGCGUCCCCCUCACCCGCCCCUGGCAUGGCUUCAAUGCGCGCGCAUGCGGCCUCGAACGCCCAGCGAGGACGGCCGAAAGGGCCCGUCUCCCUCAACCGGAGCAUCAGCCAGGUCGCGGGCGUACCUGGCGUCGAGGUGCCAGACACGCAACAGCGAGUAGAAUUCGUGCACCAAGACGCGGGCAAAGGCGUCGAGCCUGCGAAGAACCUAGGUCUUGGGCUCGGAGUGGAGAUCAACAUGAACAGGAGUAGGAUCGUUUCCGCUGGCGAGUCGGAGCGGAUGGCGCACCUGAAGGCUGUUGCGGAGGAGAGCGCGCUGAACGAUGCUGGAUCCGAGAGCGAGGGUAGCUCCGCGCGAGCCGUGGUCGUGGAUGGCGGUCAGAGCUCGGGUGCGUCUUCGAGGUCCUCCGCGCCAGCCGCCGCGCCGCCUGCGCUCUCCGUGCAGGAAGUCGGCACGCCUUCGCGCGACAGCGCCUCGUUCGCGAGCAUGACGCUCAAGGACCAGUGGCGUGGCGUGCUGUCGAAGGAGGGCGUGGACUAUGUAUGGGCGUGCGUGUCCUCUGCGCACGUCGUAUAG